UGCUCCUUUCUCUUGUUGGAAAAAGCCAGAGCUUCUUCCACAACCUCCCCGAAACUCAUUCCCAACCAGAGUCUCUUGCGUGUGGAGUGAUCAUGGGAGGCUGCGCAAGCGUACCCAAGGAGACCAACGGCGCCCUCCCCGUGGAGGCUCCCGCCACCGAGACUGUCCCUCAGGAGAACGGCAACGGAGACGAGACUCAGAAGGAAGCCCCGCUAGUGGAUCUUUCCGAGCCCAAACCUGACGAGACCGCAGAGGCUAAGAGUGCCGAGCCCGAGACCGUCACCAGAGAGCUCGACGCUUCGGCGUCGGAAUCACCUGUCGAGCCAACAGAGACCAAGGUCGUAGUAGCUGAGGACAAGCCCGACGCGGCGGCGGUGACCGAAGAGGGGAAGGAAGCCGCGGAAGCGAAGAGCUCCUGAGGCGAAGGAUGAUAAAACCAUGAGAGCCUAGAAUGAAUGUGCCUUACCCAGAGUUCCUUUAGCAAUUUAUUCAACAUUUUCAUUGAUAAGGAAAAGAAGUGUUGGCUCCCUCUUUCUUCUUCGAAUCUGGCUAAAACAUGCACCUUCCAUUUGUGAUCAGUGGACCAUUGAGAGAAUCAACACCUAACGACCAAACUCAGUGCUCAAAAUCAAAAUUCCAGCAAUUAGAAUAAUGAGAUUAA